AUAAGAGACCAAAACAAACCGAAAAGAAACUAUUUUUCGGUCUGAGAAAUUUCAAGCUAAUAAAAGGUUUGAUUUUUUUCAGAGAUUAUGGACGCCGACGAGAAAUUAACGGCGUUGAAGAAGGCAUAUGCUGAUAUAAUAUUGGGCAUAUCUAAGGAGGCAGCGGCGAGGGUUAUGGCGUCUGAGAAGAAGUCGGUAAGGUAUCAGCACGAGCUGAAGGCCACGAAGGAGGAGGGCGUGCGAAUGCUGAUGCGCCUUAAGCAUAUGAUGGAUGCUAAGGGCAGGGUCGUGGAAAACAUCUCUGCACACAGCCGAUAUAUAUCAAUGCUAGCUCAGAAUAGUGAAGCCGAAGCAGCAGGCGUGCAUCAGCAGAACAAGAUUGAAGAGCUCGAGGCUCAACUUCAGGAAGCUGAAGAUAUUGUAAGAGAUCUCAGAGAUGAGUUGUCAGAAGUGCAAGCUGAACUGGAAAGGAUGAAGAACAGAAGUUCACAUCAUAUAGUUAAACCCAAAAACACUUGUUUGGUUGAAAUACCUGUAGAGGAUAAAAUCUCUUCUUGCCAAUCCUAUGAAUACCUUCCUCCUAACAAAUCUUCUGUAGCUCUCGGUGUAACAGUUCCACAUUCACUCCAGAGAAAUGAAUGCCAAAAAUGCUAUAACAAGAUAGCUUGUAUAUGUGGUGCAUAUAUCAGGGACCGAGAUUUGCCUUCUAUAAUAUUAAGAGGCAAAGAUCCCGGGCUCUACAGAAAUGGAUGUACACAGAGAAUCCGUGCAUGUGAAAGAAACCAUUCAGAUAGGGAUUUGAGUCUCUCAGUGGAAACAGACAAAGCGACUGACGAGAAGAAUGUCACAGAGCAGAUGGAAGGUAGACAUACAUCUGAGACACCAGCUUCUGGAGGUAAAAUUCUGACUGACCUCGAGAAGAAACUAUUGGCAGAAAUCAAUCUCGGCACCUUCCAAUCAUUUCCCCAGAAAAGGAGGAGGGCUGUUAGACGACGAAAGAUGAUAAAACCACUGGCAGGGAAAGAACAUUCUCUGUUGCAAAAGCCCGAUCAGUUGCCUGCACAUUCUCCGACCAAGGACGGUAUUCCAGCUGAUGUCAGUGCUGAAAAUCCUUCUGAGAUAGGUCCAAGAUUUCCGCGUGAUGAAGCUGAACUGCAAACUCAGCAGGAAUGUACAAAAGCUACUGAGGAUAACUCCAAGAUUGUGGAAAUUUGUAAUUCAUCAGUGCCAAUGGGUGGAGGAGUGAAUAAGGAAGUUAUGCCUUUGGAUUUGAUAGCUGGGUGUUUGGAGAGCUUGCCUACCGAUAGUGAAAUGGAUGUGGCAUCUCAUAGUUUGAAUUCAUUUGAUAUCACUGAAAGCCUUUCCAGGCGACCUUCAAGGGAAAGAGUGUUCAAAUACACAUUUCAAAGGAAACGAAAGAGAGAAGCUUUGGUUGUAGCUGAAGUCAAUGGCACUUGUGAGACGGAGAAGAAAAUCAGAGAUGAGCAAAAUGGUAACGUGAAGCAGGAGCAAUCCAAGUUCAGCUUGUCAAAGGAGUCAUCACGAGAAUGUAGGCGACUAACUCAAGUUGCUCGUCAGCUUAUAUCUUUAUCCGACAAGAAGUGGUGGCGCUGAACGCAGCUGGAAAUAGAGAGGACUGCGAGGAAGGUGUAGUAGUGUUAGUUGGUAAAAAAGAAAAGUGAGUGAGAAAGAAAUGUGGAGGUUAUGUUAAAUUAAUUUGAUGAGUAACUGAAUUGUAACUUUUAACAAAUCAUUUUGAACCUUCCAUUUAAUACCGGUCUUAUUCAUCUCUCA